AUGCCUGGCACGUUGGUCGCGCCUUCCAAGCCCAGCCUCGACGAAGCUCGGUAUCUCGUCAAAUGGUACCUGUACAGUACAGCUUGCUAUGGAGACUUGUUCGACGAAAGCACUCUGGUGGAGGAGCUUUCAGCCUGGUCAACGGACCGUGAGGAGACACAGGAUUGGACAAGCGCCAGGCUUUUCCUCGUCCUGGCACUGGGCGCACAGACUUGUCCAGAAGACAAGGAUCACGUUGCUCAGGAGUAUUACGCUUACGGGCGGGUACUAACAGUCUUUGACGCUAUGGAGGAGUCGAGUGCUGGCUUGGCUGCCGCACAAUGCUAUGUGCUCAUCACCCUAUACCUACUGAACGGGUCACGCCUCAACGCCGCAUACAUGCAUCUCGGCCAGGCCGCCCGCGCUGCAUAUGCUCUGGGGUUGCAUCGAAGCGACCUAGUCAGCGCAAUGCCUGCUUUGGAGCGCAGGAUGCGAGAUCACCUCUGGAGAGCCAUUCGCGCUAUCGAUAUUCAUUUCAGUGCCACUCUCGGAAGACCCCUUGCAACUCACGAGGUUCGGAAGUCAACUACCAUCUUGAGAAACUCUCCCACCGUGGACAUGUGCAUGAUAUUAGAAUUAGUGCUUACUGAAGCAUACUCCAAGUCGUCGAUAAGUACCAAAGCGCUGUAUCGCAUCCUCGGCCUCAACCGCCAGUGGGCGGCCCAAUAUUUUCCUGGUUCCCAAUCUAAUUCACACGGCAUUCAUGAACGAGUUGAAUCAGGCGAUAGUCUAUUACCAGACAUUGGCUCAUGCCAGCUCAAGCAAGCUUUCUACGGCGCGACGUUACUACUGACUUCAAGGUAUCUGUCAGGGAGCGUAAAAGUAAGGACCAGAGGUGUGAGCCCCAACCUUUCUCAGGAACGAGCUGCACCUGGAGCCCCUUCGCCACAGAUACUGACCGUAGCAUGCGUCCAAUCCGCCAUCGAUUUGAUUGAGCUUUAUCGAGAGCUGCUCGUUGCUGAGCAGACACCGAAGCGUCUUCCGCUUGUUGUGAACUCGGUGUUUUAUGCUGCGCUGGUGCUGGGCAUGGCGACUUUUGGUGAUGUUUGUACAACGUUACCGCUGAAUGGAUAUCUGCAAACAGCCAGCAAGCUGUUGUCCAUGUUUCACAAGCAUGAUUGGCUAGCACGUCACUACCUCCAGAUCGUGGAGCAUUUGGGAGAGGCCUGCAGAUUCUAUAUUGAGAGGAAGUCGCGAACUGAGCUCAAGAGCCGGCGAGAUUUGAUCGGCAAGCUAUUUGGACACGUUGACGGACAUCUCGACAAAUCUCCCAACAAGCAAUCGACUCGAUCAAGCCUGAACUCAAGCCUGACCGAGCAAAGCGGUCGAUCCCCCGUAGGUGGCGGACUCAUUGAUCAUAACAUGGCAUCAGUAAUCUCUCAGUCGGCCCAGCUUGAGCCUCAAGGUUCGGACAUUGGGAGUGUGAUUCUGGAUGCCUUGGACUUUCCCAGCCUUCUCGAUGCAUCACAUUUGAAUAGUACCUCCGAUCAAGCGCUUACGACGCCUCUUUCGCCUUUCUACGACGCAAUUGACCUGCUGAAGCCAGAUGCAGAUUUCGUCUGGCCCAGUCCAUUUACUGGUGGAGCCUUUCAGGCACUGCCAGUGGACGUGGCCGGCAGGUGA